CCCGACGAGCUUCGGCAGCGCUGCCUGCUGCACGCGCGGGCGUUCACCCACAGUGGUGUGGCGUAUGUUACCACCACCGCUGCCGACGACCCUCGACGCCUCCAUCGCUGCUGGCCUCGUCAAGCAGCACGGCCGCCUGCAGCCUCUGGACGAGCGGCAGGCGGUCCUCUGCGACGCCUCGAUCGAGCGCGUCCAGCCCAGCUGGCGGCCCGCUCUGGACGCUGCGCUGGCCGAGUGGCUCGCGCUUCCAAAGGAGGUGACCGGCCUCUCCUUGAUUGCCGUCUACGCACGCGGCUCCAUCGUUCGAGGCCUCGCUCUCGAAGGCAUCUCGGACGUCGACACGCUCGGCUUUGCGACGGUCUCUCACUCGGACGCGGACUCGGAGCUGAAGGCGUGGCAAUCCCGCGGCUCCGAACGUGCCCGCCGCAUGCGCAGCGCCUACCCCUUUUGCUCGGGUCUCGAGAUGCGCCUGGUCUGCGUGCCGGAGCGCAGCAGCUUGGGCGGGUGGCUGCGCGGCGACGCCGCAGCGCCCGCCUCGCUCGCCGACACUCAGCUCCGGGCGCUGGACGCGUUUCGGCUCGCGUCGCAGGCCGUCUGCCUGCACGGCUCCGACCUCGUGCCGCGGCUACCACCGCCCGUCCCUCGGCCGCGCCUCGUCCUCGAGCAGAGUGCGGACCUCGCCCGUGCCUCGCGUGCAGUCGCCGCGCUCGCCGUGCAAGGCAGCAGCGACAAGGCGCUCGCCGUCGCGCGGUGGGCGGCGAAGCGGGCGCUGCGGGCGGGUAUGGAGCUCGCGGCGGCCGACUACGGCGCCUUCUCCCGCGACCUGCUCCCGUGCCACCGCGCGAUCAGCGCCGUUCUCGGCCAGCCCGCGGGCAACAGGUCGUUACUUGUGCUGCAGCUCGCCUGCAUGCCGGAGGAGGAGGUGGCGCGGCACGGCGGCGGCGAGGCCGUUGCGGCGAGGCUGAUCCACGCGGCGGGCCGGCUGGCACAGGCGUGCGAUACGCCGGUGGUGCUGCGCGGCAUGGCGUCCGAGAUCGCCCCGGUCGGUCGCGCCCUGUGGAACCUGGACACGCUGCCGACGCUGCUGCCUCGCGGCCGGGUACGCGUCUCUCCCUCGCCCACCUUCACCUUCGUGCGCGAGCGGCACCCCCUCUGUCGCUCGGGCGCGUACCCGCUGCCCUCGCGCGUCUGCGAAGCGAUGAGCGGCUCCGAGUUCGUCGCGCGCAUCGGGUUGGCGGCGGGCGGGCUGCCGCCUCUCUUCUACCCGGCCGGCGAGCGGUACUACAUGCAGGCCGACCUGCCCGCGGAGACCAUCCAAGCCGGACGCGUGCCAGCGCUGUGGCGCUCGCUCCUCGACUCGCCGGCGCAGCCGCUGCGCUUGUGGGUCUCGACGCGCGGCGCGACGACGCCGCUGCAUUUCGACUCGGCCGACUCGUUCCUCGCGCAGAUGCGAGGCUCCAAGCGCGUCACCUUCUUCCCGCCGGCGGCGCUGCGCGGCCUCUACCCGUACCCGGCCGACCACCCGUUGCAUCGCCGCGCGCGGCCGAGCCUGUACGCUGCGCCCGACGAGCGGGCUGAGGACUACCCGCGGUUCAGCGAGGCGGCGGCCGUCGCGCAGACCAUCGAGCUGCACGAGGGCGACGUCGUGAUUUUUCCUCGGAAUUGGUGGCACAACGUCGAGACGACAAGCGCGCUCUCGGUGAGUGUGGGGUGUCGUUUUGUCUAGACGGGUGACGGCUACAU